AUGGAUCCACACUUUGCCACGCUGCCGAGGAAGCUCGACGGCUGUGUGCCCUUUGGGGCGGCUACGGGAUAUCCUCUUUCUGUCACCUGGCGAGCCGGCACUGGUGCGCGACGGCGAAGCGAGAAAGGGGGGACAGCUCAGCGAGAGGAACCCCCGGACGCACAGCGAGAGAGGCACGGAGAAGAGAACACGACACACCGUGGCCCAGAGCCAGGUGAACUGGAAAAUAACAGGCGCAUGGAAAGGAAAGACACGAUAGGACAAGGCAAGGGUGGGCUCCUCCUCCCCCGUGUGCGACGACAAGCCGUUUACAGCCAGGGGACGGCCCUGUCUGGAACCCGCUGGCAAUCGAGCAAUCGAACGCCCACAACCCCGCUCUCUGUGCCGGGCACGUAAGAAAAGAGGGCCCCCGUCAGGAGGAGACCGUGAGCCCCAGUUAUUCUGAGUUGUUCAACCGCCGUGCCCUUUAUGCAACCCCGAUGUGGCCCGCCCAUUGGCCUUCUUUCCAUUUUGCUACAACAAGUCAGCUCCAAAGUCCUUGGGCCGCCCCACUAUGACUCGAAAUAUCCGGUACCGUAAAUCCUUCCCGCAAAAGGUACAUACGUGUUCUCUCUACCAGAGACGGCGCCAGAGAGGGCGACAGUGGGAAUCACAAAAGUGGCAGCAACAAGAGACGCAAUAUGGGAGAUUGGGAUCUGGCACGAUAUCGGCAUUAACCGUGGUCCAGAGGAUGCGUGGUUCGAGUCAUCAUCGUUGCCCACCCAAGGCCGCUGCCCCACGAGAGGGACAGCUGGAGAGCGAAAACACGAGGGCGUUGAGUCUUUUCGGCUUUUAGGUUUUGUUGUCAGACUGUUUUGCUGCUUGAAUCUUUGCUGGCCACUUCUUCGCAGCCCCAAUUCGGGCAACGCGAUGAUGGGGAAGAAGACAGGAAGAGGAAAUAAGGUGGAGCCUAUGGCUGUCGGCCCACGGUCUA